ACAGCUGUGAUUGAUAGUUGCAUGAUUUGAGACAAAUGAUGGCCAGCAAACCAAAGAAGCAGAGACCACUGCCCAUCAUCUCUGCAGUAACUCGGGCUGCUCAGUUUCCAGACACUUUCUACGCUGAUGGUGGUGUGAUGUUUUGCAGACAUUGCAGCCAUAGUGUUGAUUACACAAGAUCUGAUACUGUUAAGGACCAUCUUAAAAGUAAAAAACAUUUGAAAAACAAAGAACUAAAAUCAAAUCCUCUGCUAACUGGAUCAGAGCAAGGACCAACAAUACCAGCAGCAGCUGCACGACGUCAGACUACUUUGCAUUCAACCAUGAAGUCCAAAGACCUGAGGGAAGAGUUCAUAUUAGACUUUGUGAAGUGCUGCACAAUGGCUGAUAUCCCUCUUCAUAAAGUGGAGAAUAUGAGACCUUUCAUCUUGAAACAUUGUAAGCAAGGUGGUGCACUCCCAAAAGCAGAAACUUUGCGCCAUCUGUAUAUUCCACGGCAGUUCAAGAUUCACCUUGCAGCCCUGAAGGAAGUGGUGAAAGGAGCAAAGGUGUCUGUCAUAGCUGAUGAAACAACAGACAUUCGUGACCACAGUAUUCUGAACGUAAUCGUUGGGGUCCGUGGAAAGUACUACCUCAUUGAUGUGUGCACUAUGGAGGCAUGCAACCAUGCAACACUCAGCCAAGCUGUUGUGAAGGCGUUGACUAACAUGGACAUCAAGUUUGAUGAUGUGAUAGCAAUUGUCACCGACAGUGCUGCCUACUGCAAGAAAGCUGCUCGAGAAGUUCUCACGCCAUUACUUCCAAACAGCAGACAUGUACCAUGCCUAGCCCAUAUCAUAAAUCUUGGGGCGGAGGCAUUUCAGCACUAUCCAGAAUUUGGCAGGGUUGACACUUUCACCAAGAUGAUGAAAUCGGCCUUCUUCAAAAAGCCAGCCCGCAAAACUAGGUACUUAAAAUACCUAAAAGAGUAUCUGCCCCCCGACCAGUGCAAAUUGGCACCAGCCCCUGUUUCCACCCGGUGGAAUUCCUGGUACAAUGCAGUGAAGUAUCACAAGGAGCAUCUUCAUGUGUAUGAAGGUUUCUUCAAACUGGAAGACAGUAAAGGUGUGGCUGUGGAAACCAUUCUGGAAAUGUUGAGGAACAAGGAAAUCUACAGCGAGCUUGAGCUGUACAUGAGCUUCAUAACAGAGUACAGUGCCAGACUCACAACUGUCCUCACCAGCCUCGAAGCAACAAAGAAGCCCCUCGCCUGUACUGUGUACAAUAUCCUUGAGGACACCAAAACCUACCUCACUACAGAGCGAACAUCGUUCGACCAGAUCAACCCACUCAUGGAGAAAAGACCAGCACCAGAGAGACAAAAACUUUGCAAAACAUUCAACAAAGUGUUUAAAGCGGCAGCGGACAAGAUCACUAAGCAUCUAGACCAACAUCCAGCCAUGCCGUUCUACAAGGCUGCUCGAAUCUUUGAUCCCAGACAGCUGGUCUCCAUUUCCUUGGACAUCGAUGACUACCAGCACGCCAUACCUGAUCUGACAGCAGCUGCUAUUCAAACUGAGGAGUGGCUGAUGUACACACAUCUGAACCCAUCCCACAUCCCAGAACCUCUGAAUCUUACCGAAUUCUGGAAGUCCAUGUCAGUCAGAUUCCCUGGUCUUGCCAGUAUUGCUAUGGAUGCUAUGUGGAUGCCAGUGUCGAGUGUGGAUGUAGAGCGAAGCUUUUCUCAGUACAAGCACAUUCUUGACGACAAAAGAGAAAACCUAACACCAGAAAACACCAAAAUGAUGACCAUGCUCUACUAUAAUGCAGAUGUAGAAAGGCAGUUCUAACUCAACUACCAGUCAUGCUAUGUUUAACUGUAUUCCUACAAACUCUCAACUGAAAAAAGAGAGCACCGUUCAAUCAAUCAAGUGUUGAAAUUAAGUAAAGUUAUCAUGCUUCUACGAAGAGUGAUAAACUGUGAACUUUGUUAACAGAAGAAAAAGCAACGUUCAGCUAUUUUUAAGUCAUCAUCAUUCAUGUUGUUACAUUGAACAGUUAACUCUGAACUGACAAAGAAAGCGUCAUUUGUGAUUUGAUUAAAAGAAAAUGUUAAAAAAGUAAAUUUCAUGCUUUUAUGAACAUAGAACUCUGUGAACUGAAAAAUAAAGCAAUGUUAAUCAUUUUUUAGUCAUGCUACCAACCAUGAAAAAUUUAACUCUGAUUCUGCAGUAAGUUUGAAGUGAAAUUGAAAUCAUUCUGAUUCAAUAAAAAAAGUUAUAAAAUAAAGUCAUGCUUUUAUGAACAGUGAACUCUGGGAACUAAACAAGAAAGGCAUGUUCAGUAUUUUUUUAGCCAUGCCACAAUGAAAACUUAACUCUGAAAUAAAAAGAAACCAUCAUUUGAAAGAAAAAAAAACGUUAUGAAAUGAAAGUUAUCAUGCUUCUAUGAACAUUGAGAACUCUGUGAACUGAACAAGAAAGUAAAGUUUAGCCCCCCCCCCCCCACGAAAAAAAAAUGCUUUGAAAUUAUGUCAUCAUGGUUGGUACUACAAACCGUGAACUCUGUGAACUGGAAAAGAAAGCAAAAUAAAAAGACAUGUUAUUAAAUACGACACUUACGAGUUUAAGAUCAUUGUGUUUUACAGUGCUUUAUUUCAUGGAUAAAUGUGCCCUCUACGAUAUUUAUUAAACAGUGCUUAUACUCAAGUUCAAAAUGGCGACUACGGGAAGAUCGUCGAUUGCACAAAACGAUGUAAAAAAGUCCCCAAAUUAGCGAUGAAAUCUAAUUCGGUCCUAAAAUAAAGCUAAUUUAUCGGAAGGUAAGGAUGUAUAUUUGUUAAAGGUGUUUUUAAAAAUAGCUUUUAAGCUCGUAUCUCUUCGAUUAAAGUAGAUUCUAGAACAGUGAUGGUACAGUAGCAGAUACGAAGUUUGCCCAGUGCGGUAUUGCAAUGGUAUACCGGUAAUUUGCAUUGACUUCUAUGUAAACGGAAUUGGCAAUUUUUCUUGUACACAAAGUCUAUGGGGAAACGGAAAUUCCGUUUUCUGACCUGCUGAAACGGAAUUUAAGAUUUUAUGAAACGGAAAACGCAUUUUUUUGA